AUGAUGAUUAAACUGAGAACUAUUCUGAGUGAAGUUAGCGGCAAACCUUAUGCUGACACGGAAACAGGGAGCAUACAACACAUCAUCAACAAGAUAAAAAAAUAUCUAGCAAACAAGAGGUAUUUUAUUGUUUUAGAUGAUAUAUGGAAGACUGAAACAUGGGAAAUUAUCAAGUGUUUAUUCCCCAUGACCAAUUGUGGUAUAAUAAUCACCACUACUCGUGUGGAAGAUGUCGCUAGUUCAUGCCAGUCAUCAUUUGGUGGCCAUAUCUAUAGAAUAAGACCUCUUGAUAUAGUUCACUCAAGACAAUUAUUUCAUAGAAGAAUAUUCAAGCCUGUGGUGGAUUGCCCAUCAUAUCUUGAACAAGUUUCUGAGCAGAUCUUAGAAAAAUGUGGUGGCUUACCUCUAGCAAUCAUUGCUAUAUCUAGCUUGUUGGCUAACAAAACAGAAAAACAUGAUUGGUAUGAAGUCAACAAUUCGAUUGGUCGUGCACUUGAAAGAAAUCAGGAUGUUGAAAGAAUGAUGAAGAUACUAUCGCUUAGUUACUUUGAUCUGCCUUUUCAUUUAAAAACUUGUCUCUUAUAUCUGAGUAUAUUUCCAGAAGACUCUAUUAUUAAGAAGAAGGGCUUGAUAAGAAGAUGGAUUGCUGAAGGAUUCAUUCACAAAGAAGGCAGAUACACGGUACAUGAGUUAGGAGAAAGGUGUUUCAAUGAACUCAUAAAUAGGGGUUUGAUCCAACCGAUGGAUACAAAUGACUAUGGUAAAGUAAAGAGUUGUAAAGUUCAUGACAUGGUUCUUGAUUUCAUAAUUUCCAAGUCUAUUGAAGAGAAUUUUAUUACUUUGGUUGGUAUUCCAAAUCUACAUAUUGGUACACAAGGUAAAGUCCGUCGUCUCUCUCUACAAGGAGACGGGCAAGGAAAAUUGAUAAUACCAACAGGUCUAGAGUUGUCUCAUGUACGAUCUCUUGAUGUGUUUGGAGAUUCUGUGGAAAUCCCUUGCCUGCAUGACUUCAGCCAUUUGCGUGUUCUGGACUUUGAUGGUCGCCCCCAAUUGGAAGAUCAUCAUCUUGUAAAUAUAGGGAGGUUGUUUCAUCUGAGGUACCUAAACCUCAGUGACACAUCAGUAAGGAAUCUUCCGGAACAAAUCGGGUUUCUUGGUUUUCUACAGAUGCUAAACCUAAGAGACACCAGAGUAAGUGAAUUACCGGCAUCUAUUAUUAAUCUUGGGAAAUUGUCACAUCUACUUGUUAACAGUAAAGUUAAAUUUCCUGAUGGAAUUGCAAAGAUGCAAGCAUUGGAGGUGUUGAAAUUCAUUGGAGUCUCCAGGCAGACAUCUAACUUCCUGCAAGAACUUGGGCAGCUAAAGAAUCUGAUGAAGCUGGCACUUAACUUUGAUGAACUUUUUGCCACCCGAGAUAUGGUUCGCGUGGAAGCAAUUGACUCUUCUCUUCGUAACCUAGGCACUCAGAACCUUCGCUCUCUAACUAUUUCAAAUGGAAGUAGCAUCUUACAACAUGGACCUUUCUCCUCUAUGUUGCUUACCCUCCAGAAACUUAAGAAACUUGAGAUUUGGCCAAAUGUCCCAGUUUCAAUAUGGAUGGGCUCUCUUGUCAACCUCCAACGGUUAUCCCUUUAUGCGGAGGAAGUCGGGCAGGAAGGUCUAUGCAUCCUUGGAGGCUUACCCACGCUGCUCAUUCUGGAACUAAUAGAAAAGGCAAGGCCUUAUAAAGAUAGGCUCACGGUUAGUGGUGAAGUUGGGUUCCGAUGCUUGAGGCAGUUUAAUUAUGUACCUCAAUGGAUGUAUCUGAUGUUUGCCCUAGGAGCCAUGCCCAAGCUAGAAAAUAUCGGGUUUUUUGUUGAUGCGGAUGAACCUAUUAGUAUUGGUGAUUUUUAUGAUUUCGGAAUGGAAAACCUCCCAUGCCUUGUUACUAUCAAAUGUACAGUACUUAGAUGCAACAACGAGGGCACUGUUGAGGCUGUAAAGGUUGCUAUGGAGACAGUAGCCAGAACACAUCCCAACCAACCUGAUCUACUCUUUGAAAUUAUGUAG